UCCUAGGCACUUCGUAUUUACUAGACAGAGGAUGACGCCACUCACAAAGCGAGGUGCCACAGUUUUGCUUUUAGUCGCAAUUGCCAUCGUUCUUUGCGCUUUUUUGUAUUCUAACACGUAUGACAGAAGUGAAACAGAAAGAUUUGGUGAAGUGAGACUAGCUCCUACAAUCAGACGAGUACAAAGCCAGAGAUAUGCAGAGAACAAGACUUCUCGUCGUCUCAGUGGCGGCGCAGACAAGCCUCGCAACUGUGUCAACUAUAGACCAUUCAUUAACCGCUUGAAAUUCUAUCCGCCAGUUGUGGUAACGAAAUCGAUGUUUAGCAAAGUGAAACGACUCGUUUUCUUUAUUGGACAUCAGAGGAGUGGAUCUAGUCUUAUUGGGAGGCUCCUGGACGCGCAUCCUCACAUCACAAUUCCUCACGAGUUUGACGUAUUCAAUCAUUGGUCAUCUCAACCCAAGUUGAGAGACCAAACAGCACUCUUUAAAGCUUUAUACGGGGCGAGUGCCAAAAAGAUGUGGGAAGUGAAGCAAACAGUGAAAUAUUACGGUCAACACAGGAUCUGUUCAGCGGCCUUUGCCAUUAUUCCCAACCAGUGGCAAGGCAAGUGCGAUCAAUAUCUCGAAAUAAUUGGUGACAAGAAAGCCAGCGCGACGGCCGACGUUUUAGCAUCACAUCCGAACAUUUUACACCAAAUGCAGUCGAAGCUAAAACUACCGAUGGUGUUCAUCUACGCGAUUCGUCACCCGCUGGAUAUGAUUGCCACACAAGUGAUGAGAGCAGCCAAAACCUACGAGCAUUAUGCCCACACAAAGAGACAAUAUAAUAACACAAAACUGUUGCGGAACUAUGUUAAAAAGUUUGAGACGAGAGUCGCUGCCAUACAGCAGUGGAUGGAAUCAGAAUGGAUUAAUGUAUUGCCUGUAUACAAUGACGAGAUGGUACGUAAUCCCAAAGUUGUAUUGAAGGAGAUAUGCUCUUUUCUACAAAUCACCUGCUCAGCGGACUAUAUUGACAGUUGCAGCAAGUUUGUAUUUUCCGACAUGUCGAGAACUCGUGACAAUGUUUAUUGGUCGAGUGGGAUAAAACGGCAAGUAGUGAGGAUUGUUAAGAGGUAUAAGUUGCUUUCGAGAUAUCAAUAUGACUUGUAGAGAGUGA